UUCUAUCCUUGCCUUGAGUCCCUAUAGCUGCCUUGACUGUUUCAGCUCAUGCAGGUGGAGAGGUGGUCUUCAGAUACACAAUGGCCAGAAGCAAGCCCCGGUGCAAGUCUUGCAUGAUAACGUCCUGCUGGCUGGCUCCUGAGGCUUGGAAGAGAGUGAGCACAUAUGUUAGUUCGUUGGUUCCUUAAGCUACCAAUCCUCCAGCCAAAAAACAGGGAGAGGUGUAGAGAGGAACAGAAAGGCUGUAAUGACAAGACCUUCCUGCUGAACUGAAGAAGUAUACAUGCAGCAAGUUCUGCCCAGAUCACAUAAAUACGUGAAACACUGUGGUCACCUUUAGGUUUCUUGAAUUAUCAGGUGGAUGGCUUUGCUUUUCCUCCUCCUGUUAUCCCUCUGUGAAAAGAAGUUAUCCUCAGGACUUUUCCAUAAGGCAGAAGAUGUGUACCCAGAAUGAAAAGCACAAAGUCAGCAUCAGAAGAGAAGAAAGCUCUUCCAUGAGAAAAGGAUGGAGAGGUCUGUGUGUGAAGAGCCUGUACAAUGUGACGAACACACUUAGCAGGCAUACUGAAAAUGGAACCCUUUACAUGGUCUUUGGCGGGGACCUGUUCAUGGACACCAGUGGUCAGGAGCUGGGAGACAGAACAACAUGGAGGCACGUUGGUGCUUGCCGAAGACGCUUUGUGUGGAGAAAACCUUUUCUUAGAAGGUUUAAAUCUCACUGGGAGCCUUUCCUGACCAGCAAAUCCAUAUACUCACUCCUGGACAGGCCUUUUAAACAGGAGCUUGACAAAGUUCUGUGGCUCCAUAAACUUCCUUUUGGGCUGCACAGCUCAGUUCUCUCUGCUUUUAGCACAUUGCAGCUUCUUCCAGAGCAGGACUUGCCUGGAUCCUUUGGCCGUUUAUGGUGCCAAAGGUGCAUUGUGGUUGGCAAUGGCUACUCCGUCCAUGGGCAGCACUUUGGGAAAAUGAUUGACUCUCAUCAUGUUAUCAUAAGAUUAAAUGAUGCUCCAGUAAAAGAGUACAAGAAGGAUGUGGGAGAAAGAACCAGCAUUCGUCUCUUCUUCCCUGAAUCAGCUCUGCCCAACCCUCUGGAAAACAGUGACAACAAUACACUGAUGGUGUUUGUCCCAUUCAAGCCUUUGGAUUUUUUAUGGCUGAGGGAAGUAUUGCUGAAAACAAAGAACAAGACAAAGGAGGGAUUUUGGCGCCAGCCUCCCCAGGAGUGGAACUGGAACAUCUCUCAGCUACGUAUUCUCAAUCCAUAUGUCACCUAUGAGGCAACAUUCAAGCUGCUGCAGCUGAAUGCAUCAAGUAGGAGAUAUGCCACCACGGGAAUCAUUGCUUUGAACUUAGCCCUCCAUCUGUGCCAAGAGGUCAACAUUGCAGGCUUUGGUUACCCUGGCAACCAUGACACUACUACACCAAUACAUUAUUACAAUACUGGUCUCUCACGGAAAAACGAGCUCUUUCAGCAUAAUCUCACAGCUGAGAGGAACUGGCUUCUGAAAAUGAUUGAGUGGGGAGUGAUUGCUGACUUAACCAGCCAUACCUUCCAGACCCAGAACGACUGAGAGGAGGCCAUGCUACUUGCUGUCCCCAUCCAGACACCUCACUUGGGCUUUGCCCUUGUUCCAUCCUUCUUCCAGGUUGUUUUGAGCAUGUUGUAGUACACUCUUUCCCAGGUGGAAAGGGAGGUUAAACCCUGAGAUUCAGAGCACUUUCUUCAUCCUUCAUUUGCCUCUAGCUUCCACCACUGCCUGCUAUAGUGGAGGAUGUGGAGUGUUGCACAACACUUCUUCCUUGGGUAAUCUCCUCCUGCUUUGUGAUCAGCCAUCCUGUACUCACUGAGCUGUUUGUGAAAAGCACAAGACUUAGAUGCCAAACUGGUCUGCAGGCCCUGAGAAACUCAGGAGCGAAAGUGCAGUGCUUACCCUGAGAUUUCAGACUCCUUCAUGCACAAAGUGGAGAAUAAAGUUACACCCAUCGCUUUGGAAAAGGACUAGGUUGAAA